AUGGGACCGAAGCGCUCAAGUCCCGUACAUCCUCUGAUGGGUAUGUGGCCGAAGUGCUCAAGUCCCGUACAUCCUUUGAUGGGUAUGUGGCCGAUGUGCUCAAGUCCCGUACAUCCACUGACGGGUAUGUGGCCGAAGUGCUCAAGUCUCUUAGAUUCUCUGACGGGUAUGGGGCUGAAGUGCUCAGUGUCCCGUAGAUUCUCUGACCGGUAUGGGGCCGAACCGCUCAAGUCCCGUACAUCCUCUGAUGGGUAUGUGGCCGAAGCGCCCAGUGAGCAAGUGUCUCGCCUAAACAUCACUCACUUCCUCUCCACUCACACGAACAAUCCGCGAAGGAAAGACAAGUCAAUACGCUCGCAGUAUCUAUGGCGUCGCAGACGAUGCCUGAUAUUUGCCAAGGGAAAUAAAUACAUCUACAGUAGAACAUUAUCUGAUUUUCUAUGUAUGUAUGUAUGUAUGUAUGUAUGUAUGAAUCUAUCUAUCUAUCUAUCUAUCUAUCUAUCUAUCUAUCUAUCUAUCUAUCUAUCCAUCUAUUUAUCUAUGUUAAGCUUAGUAAAUAUCAGGACUCCUCAUCAUGCAUUGACCAAUUGGAGGUUAUUUAUUUAA